AUGGAUUCCAAGACUCCAGUUACUUUAGCAAAGGUUAUUAAGGUUCUCGGUAGAACCGGUUCCAGAGGUGGUGUCACCCAAGUCAGAGUUGAAUUCUUAGAUGAUACUUCCAGAACCAUUGUCAGAAAUGUCAAGGGUCCAGUCAGAGAAAACGACAUUUUAUGUUUAAUGGAAUCCGAAAGAGAAGCAAGAAGAUUAAGAUAA